GACGACUCACUCACCGUCGAGGUCUUCGCGAAUCGACGUCGACGUCGCCGUCGCCGCCGCCGUCGCUGCCGCGUGGUUGCUCUCUCAGUCUCUCCCGAUUGUUCCCCGGCACGGACGGACCGAUGGCGCGCGUUCGCGACUCUUCUCUGGCCGCCUUCCCCGGGCGGACCGCCUGGAAUCCUUACGUGAGGAGCACGUACUGGGAGCCGCCGAUCGUCGAGGGUGCGUGCGGGAAGACCACGGCGCGAUCGCACCGGCAACAAUCAAAAGCAAGAAAUUUCAACAGUACGGCCGUGCAGUUUCAAUUGUUGCCUGCCGCAAUGAAUCAAUCGAGAUCUCCCCACAACGGAGUGGACUGUCAUCGUCCUGCUAUGCGACACAAGUCUCGGAAGCAGGACGAAAGUUUCCGGAAUGGACCGCACGCCGUUAAGCACAACCGAUCGUUUUCCGAAUGCAGUUCAGAGAGCUUCUCGAAACAAUUUGUUCCCGGGAAGUCAAAGCAGUACCCGAAGGGCAACCUGGGCCGCUCGGUUCUCAAUUCACCAGGAUUCUUGAAUCAAUGCGCGAGGCUUCGCGGCCACGACAUUAUAACCGAUUCAUUGGGCUCGUGCGACAGUCGGCCGGGCUCUUCGGAUGAGAGCAUCGCGAAUCAUUCGCCGAUUCCCCAGCUGGACGCCGGCUCGCCGGAUAAUUUCGGGUACUUCCGGAUAUUCGACGAAAUCGGCGUGUGCAAUUCGAGCUUCUUCGGCGCCGGCCGCGGCGAGCCGUUCGAGGAUCUCAACAAGAACUUCCUGAAGAUCGAUUUGUCGGACGUGAACGACAGCUAUUCCGAGCUGCUGUCACCGAUGCGCAUACAGUCGCCCAUACAGCAGCCGAUGCGUAGUCCGAGCGCCCACGCGGACGUUCUCAACGUACCGUUUAUCCCGCUGAUAACAAAAGAGUUAGAAAUAGAGAACGAUGUUUACUUUAGACAACCCAUAUGCGAACAGCGGGCCUUCAGUCCGGGCGUACAAAAGGAUGCGUCCGGCGUACCGUUGAUAAGGAACGAGCUGGAGGAAGACGAUUAUAAUCAAGUGUCACCGAUACAAAUCCAUAGUCCAAGCGCUCAGAGCGACGCGUCCAACGUGGCGCUGAUACCGCCGAAGGAGCUGGAGAUAGCGAAGGAGGCGAGCGGAUACUCCGAACAGCAAUCACCUGCGUGCGAGCAGCGAGCUUGCAGCCCGAACGUUCAAGCGGACGCGCUCAACGUGUCGUUGACGUCGUUGAUGUCGCGCGAGCUCGAGAUGGCGAACGGAGCGGAGAAGAUCGGCUCCGAGCGACAACUGCUGGCAUGCGAGCAGCAAUGCGCGAGUGCCGAGCAGGAUGUGCCAAAUGCAUCGUUGAUGGCGAUGGAGACGGAGGCGGCGAGGGAGGUUGAGAAGGAUCAAUCGCCCGAUUGCUUGUUGAAGCAGACUUAUUGCUGCAGUGAUCAUCCAUUCACUGAGCCGUUUUAUUGUCAGACCUGCUGCAAGCCGAUCUGCAGAGAUUGCGCCGUACACUGCGUACGCAAGCACGUGACGAUCGAAUUGGUGGACUUUAUCGAGAUCACCCAGCGUCAAGCUGAGGACGUAUUAAUCGAGGCUUACCUUGGAAUCGAUGUCCUCGCGGAUGAUAUGGAAAAUAUGGGGAUGGACAUUGCAGCGCUAGAUCAGAGAACCAGUGAUACGCUCGCUGACGUAAAGUUCUUCUCACGUAGAAUGUGGUCUGCCGUUGAAGAAAGAGAAAAGAAAUUGUUUAAACAGAUAGUGGAAGCGCGACGAUGGAAAUUUGAGGCUCUGCAGGAGAAAUACUUGAACCUGAAAGAAGAUAGGAACCGAUUGUCGCAGGCCAUCAGUGCCCUCAAAUGCGCCAUCCAUGAUUCGCGACUAUCCGCCCUUGUCUGUAAUCCCGAUGACCUCUUGAAGAGGAAGGACAUGGUGUUGGCCGAGAUCUGGCAGAUUCGUCAGAAUCGGAAGACGAAGGCCCGGGCUGGCCGGGAAGAGAAUUGGAUCUCGUUCAGGAGCUCCGAUAGCAGCGUGCUGCCCGCGAUCGCCAACGGCGGAACCGUCGUGCUGACUGGUCCGGGCACGAUUGGCGAUCACAAGAUAAAUCACGAUUAUAAAUCGCAGCAGUUCUUCCCGUACGGAUUGAACGAGAUAGUUAUGCAAUCGAUUCCGCGCGGUUACGCGAUAGCGUCCUACGGCAGCAACAUCGUCCUACCGAGCUGGGAGCCCGAGCUGUACGUGAAGAGCACGAGUGUCCAGAUCAUCGGCCACUUCGGCGACGAGAGCCCCGACAAUCUCUGCCGGCCGUGGGGGGUGACGUGCGACAAGGAUGGCAACAUCAUAGUCAGCGAUCGGUCCAACAAUCGCAUACAGAUCUACCGCGAGGACGGCACGCUCGUCAGGCGAUUCGGCACUUACGGCAACGGCCCGUGCCAGUUCAAUCGUCCGGCCGGAAUCGCCGUCGACGCCAGGCGUCGCCUCAUCGUCGUCGACAAGGACAAUCAUCGUGUUCAGAUUUUAACGAUGGAGGGGGAGUUUCUGAGGUCCUUCGGCGAGCACGGCGAGAGACAGGGCCAGUUCUCCUAUCCCUGGGACGUGGCGGUGAACUCGAAUUGCGAGAUCGCGGUCACCGACACCAGGAAUCACCGCAUCCAGCUGUUCAGCCCCGAGGGGAUCCCCCUGCGUAUGUUCGGCGGGCAGCCGCACCUGCUGCGCUACCUGGAUUCGCCGCGCGGCAUCUGCUUCAACAACGACGGCAAGCUGAUCGUCACGGACUUCAACAAUCAUCACGUGCUGAUAAUCGAGUACAACAUGACGGAGAUGCGCAUACUGAGAUGCGAGAAGGAGUCGAAGAGCAGACGGCACGGAGAGAACGACGGCGGGGAGAGCGGCGACGGGCAGAACGACGAGAAUACACCGGCGUUCCAGCGACCGCAGGGCGUCAUUGCGGCGGACGACGGCAGCAUCCUGGUCGCGGACUCGCGCCACAAUUCGAUCAAGGCGUUCAACUCGAUCGGCACUCUCAUCUACACGUACAUGCCCGGCCAGGAAGAGAUGGAUCGUCCGCUCGGCGUGGCUCUUUACUGCGACGGCAGGAUGGCGUUCACAGACUACGGCCGCAAUUACGUGCGUCUGGUAAGGCUGGAGAACCACGUGAACCCGAUACCGAGAAACGCCAUCAUGUCCGGUUGACGUCCCGGAAUCGCGGAUGCGUCGCCCUUCCCCCGCGAAUCGGCGAGGGUAUCGGCGAGUCUCGGCUUACACUAAAGAUUAUGCGGCAUCAAGCUGCCGCGGCUACCGUCACUUUUCAAGUUCCGCGAUGCGCGAUGGGAUUUUUAAUUGUCCGCUGGUCCUUAUACUACCAGUAAAUUAUAUAUAUAUAUGCUAGAGGAUAUAUGAUUUUUGACUAAUUGAAGUUAUAACGGAAAGUUUUACUCAAUGGUGAAAGUAACAAAUUAGUAAUGGAAUUUUCUAUUAUCAGUUGAUUAUUUCCGUUACCACUGACUGUAUUUUAUUUAACAAUUGUGCUUCAUUUCCACAAUUGCGUGAUAUAUAUAUAUAUAUUUAUAAUUUUUAUUACGCGUCGUACCUCGUGACCCGGAUGGACGCAUGAAAUGCACAUGUAAUUUAGAUCAUUGUCCAUCGUAAAUUGAACGGAAGUUCGGAGCAAAGCACAGUGGCUCCGAAGAAAGGGAAACCGCGUACGCGCACGUUUUUUGCACGAUCGAUCGAUCGAACGAUUUGGCAUCGCCGAAAAAAGUGAUGACGAAGAUAAGAUUAAGAGGCGAAUCGAGUCGUGCAAUUGCGUUUUAUCCUUAUUAAUUUGUUAUUUAGAAGAUUCGACGGUUUAUGACAGUAGACGUUUUUCUUCCUUCCCCCACUUUGCUAUUGUUUAUCGACCUUUAUUAGCGUCGUCAGUUCACGAAAUUAAAGCAAAUUUAAUUUAUUUGAAUCUGCGGAGAGGAAAAAAAUUAAAUCUAGCUCUUCUUAUAGUUGUCAUUCUCUUGUCUUGAACGCAAGUCAAUUGUGUAUCACAAGCAUAACUAUUCUGCUUAUCAAUUCCAUUUCGGGGAGAAAGAAUAAGAGUGUAGUUUUAUAUAUGAAUCUUUCGUUUUUACGCUAUUUUCUUAAGUAUAUAUAAUAAUAAGAUACAUCAGGAUUAAAUUAUUUUACUUAUGUAUAUUGGGCGUUUCACUUGCAAGAUUUUUACACAGCAUGCUGGGGAAAUGUCGCAAAAAUUUCUAACUGAUCCAGAGUGGAUCCAGAGAACCAUUCGUCUGACAUAUACGACGCGAUGUAGGAUUUACGUACCGUGCCUUUCUUCCAACCGCGUUAUGAAUGCAAGUUUAAAUAUAAUCCGCCGUUUUUUUUAAUAAUAAUAAUAAUUUUGUAUUAUUCAAUCGUUAUUAAUUAAUAUUAAUAUUGGCGAUAGUGAUCUUAACAAUGGACUUACACAUUAAUUUUUAACAAUACCAAUUUGUAUUGACACCACGGUUGUCCUUCGAUUGCGAGAAAUAUACUGUACGACAAAUUCGGGACAAUACGAUUCAUGGACAUUUCCGUUUGUAAUUUCCGCGUUCGUUAUUGUCUUUCUGUCGACAGAAAAUGCUGAACGCGGAAAUCACUAAUGCCGAAAUGUUCAAGAAUCAUUUUUUUAUUCCCUGAAAGCGCGUCGAACAGAGUGUUUUUUUUCAAUCGAAGGGGAAAUAUGAUAUAAAUAUAAAUUGGUAUUGAUAAGAAUUAAGUAUAUAUUCAUUGUUAAGAUGGUUAUCUAACAAUGUUGGAUUUUAAUAUGAAUUGACUGUUAUUGCGACGCAAGUCUAAAGUUUCACGAGUAAAAGAGAGAAGGAUUAGAAACGACUUAUUAAGAAAGAUAUUGAUUGUUUUUCUAAAGUUCCGGCGAAAUCUUUCUUAACGCGAUUGUAGAAAAAAAUAUCGGCAUUUUAUUCAGUUCCGCGCAAUGUGACGGGACUCGUCUGUCGACUCUCAGCUCCGUCGCGAGUAUCAGCUGCUCUCCAGCGUCUUCUGUGAACAUCUUGAAAUUGGAAUAGCCAAUAUAUCGUAGCCUGUAGAUAUAAGAUAAUUAUCCUUCUACCUCCGAGCUGCGAAAUAGCGUUGGUUGUUCCAGUUCUUCUGAAAGAACAUUUUGCGCUAAAAACUUUUCUCUGUAAAUCAUUGUCAAGAUUCAUGUUAAAAUUGUUAAGAUUCAACGCAUUGUUAAGAAUAGUAAAGUAGUGUUUGAGGAAAAAGUAUGUUUAACGAAAGAACGAUGGCUGGUGCGCCGACACUUUGCGAACGUCUCAUGCGCGAGAAGAAUGAUCGGAAUAUUGAAUCGAAUAUCUCAUAAAGUGGGCGGACAACGGAUUAUUCCUUUGUAAAAAACGAAAGAAAAACAAAAAAGAAAUUAUCACCGCGCGGGUGCCGCGUGUUAGUAUUCAAUGCAACGCGCGCUCGUGCAAACGCCAACGUGUUUUCGGCUGUGUUAAACACAUUAAAGAAUUGUAAAUCAAGUCCACUUUAUGAUGUAUCGCGCGACGGUAUUUUUUUAAAUGACAAAAGCGCAUGAACUUUCGCGACGAGAUCCGGAAGGGAUCGUGCGACUUUUUCUUUAAACGGUCUUUAGCGAUGUAAGUAAAUGUGAUUAGGGCGAGGCUGUCCGCGUAUAUUAAACGAUACUCCGCGCGCAUUGAAUGCAAUACGCACAGAGCAUCGUCGACUGAUACGUGGAUGGUUUCGGCAAGUCGCGAGAAUCAUCUGUCGAUUCCGUAAGAAUAAUGUAUUGUCUUUUUAUCGCGCAUCAUUUCAAAAUAGCACGUUUGUGAGACUAUUUUUACACGCUCCAAUAUGUCACCCCAUGUCAAAACAGAUUUUAAGCAGAUUUUUACGCGCGCUAAUUAUACGACGAAUGACGCAGGUCCGUUUGAAAAACAGGCGAAGAUUUAGGCUUCUUUCUGUACGAAUGUCUCGCUACGGACAAAUUGUUAAGACUUGAUGGAAAAAAAAAAAAAAAUAGGAAGAGGUCGACAGUGCCAAAAACAAGAAUCAAAAAAGAAAAAAAAAAACAAUACACAUUUGUCCGAGAAGACACUAAAAGAAUGUUCUUCACAUUCAUUUUGCAUAUCAUAAAUUUGCUCAUACAGUGAUUACAGUCUGUUACUAGUCUUUAAGCACAGGACUCUUCGAACGAAAAAUUAGUUUUGGGAAAGUGGCAUCUUUUAAUCAAAUCUGCAAAUCAUGUUAACGCGUCGACCUAUUUUUUAAGUAAAUUAUUAUGUCUAUUAGAUCCUUUCUUGUUGUAAUUUCGUGCAAUGAACAAGUUUAUGUGACAUUCUAUGUAACUUGUGUGAUAUGUCGCCUUUCUCCGAAAGGCACACGUAUAAUUUAUUUCUUACAAAACUAUUUAAUGAUUAAUUUAAAUCUCAAGUUAUCGCGCGAACUAAUUUAGAGAUAAUUUAGCUGACAUAUAAUUUGUUGCUGCGUUUAUAAAAAAGUUUAUAAGGAAAGUUUAUAAAAUGUACAGAGCCCGAUGGUGGAAUUAAGUUAGCAAUGUCAUAUUUUUGCAAUUAAUAGCAACAACAAAAGCUGAUCAACGUAUCAACAUCAAUUAAUCAACAUCGAAAUUGAAUGACACGCAACUGUACGAAAUAACGUUAUGGUGUAACGAUAAAAAUUAAGUUUUAUAACAAAGUGCGCUUUCAUGAUGUAACAUUUGCGAAUAAAUAAGGAGAAAAGGUUACAGAGUUCCUAUUGACGUUGUAAUUGCAAAAUGUCUACCGGUGGCUUAAAUUGAGGCCUAAUUUCUUCGUGAAUGCUGCAAAAGUUUCCUUUCGAUCUCUCAACGCCAAGUAUAGAACGCUGUAUUUUGUUUUUUUUUUCCUAGCAGUAUUGCGAGACUAACUGUUCUCCGAAUUUGGAGGAUAGAAAUUCCAAUUACAAACGAACUCUCUCAUUCCAACUUGUGAAAUCGUAAACGUUUCAUCGAUCAGCACUCGAUUGCGACUAAACUCGUGAAAUACUGCGUGUGUGUCCGUAUGCGUGCAUAUCUACGUGUGAAUAUUUGUGUUAGAUCUGAUCGCUAGUUUACGUGAAUUGAAGCAUCUAUGAAGAGAUCAACUUUUAACGAUUAAACAUGUCAAAGUAA